AUAAUAAUCUCCUGAUUUGACUGGCCACUGCAACAAUAAUUGUAUGGUUGUGGGUAAAACAGAAACCAUAGAAAUCGUAUUAAAAAAUAAAGCGCAAAAAGUUAUUUUGUUUUAGCUACAUGAUGAUUCGAUUGUGUACUUUCAUCGUCAACUAAAAUAAUCUAUCAAAGACUAACAGUAUAUGAACUACAAUAAUUUACAUCAACAUGGCAGUUUUACUGAAUUAUACCUUUUUAAAUUGCUCCAGAAAUGGCCAACUGACAGUUAGUCGAAUCUGCGGAUUGUAAAAUGUAAGUGGUGGUUUCGAACCAGUCAGUGGAAGGUGGAGGCAGAGAACGUCGAAUAAGUAGACUGGCUGGGCUGCUAUGCUCUGGUGGAGGUGAAGUGUCAUCGAGUAAGUUUGGUGGUUUGGUGGCCACCGCAAUGUAUUGGUAGGAAUUGGUCAUGAAAAGCAAACGGACUUACUAGUAAUGUCACUUAAGUAAGUCAUCGACGAUGAAGGCAAAGGAAUUUUCACGUGAUAUGGGAUAAGUGUGUCUUCUCCAGCUUCUGAAACGCUGCUAUGGACUUCUACUGAACGGAUUCCAAAAGUGUGCUGAUAUUGGUGGAUCUAUAUCUGGAACUAUCGCACCCGAAUAACAAGAGCUUCAUAUCUGUCAUUUGUGUGCCUAUCUGUUGAGCCUAGUGAGUCCCGUCUCUUCCAACACGGAAACGGAGUUUACGGCAUGUCUAUCUCUUCCAAAAACGCUUUGUUAUCCUCAUCCUCUUGAAGCUGAUUUCAAACCUUACUCAACGGUAAACGAGCAGGAACCAGUGGGAUCGCUAUGGGCACAACGUUGAGUGAACCUUGCAUCUAUGACAAACUGUCUGAAAGCAUCGACAUUUUACGGCAGUCCGGAUAUCGUUAUGGCAUGUCCGAGAGGGAGAUUGAGAAGUUCAUUAAACAAGUAUUGGAGACUAACGAACCACGGAGGGAGCCACCCCAAUUUCCCAUUCUGCGAGCCACCAUCAAGUUUGUUGUAGCUAUCGGCUUCCUGGUGGUAGCUGUGUUGGCUUUCACCUACCCACAUCAUCCUCGUCAUUUGGGGUCACUAGACUCAGGCAGUCAUAAUUGGUCUUCCCCCCUCAGUCAUGUGCGGCUACUGUCACUGCCUAUUGCCAAGAAGUAUAACCUGCAAGGAUUUCAUGAGUGGUGGAGUGUUGGGGCCAUACAGCAAGCUCUGGUAAACUGCUCUGGCUGUGCAGAUGUCUCUGCCGUCACAGAGCUCGCUGAGUCUCACACAGACUUCACUGGGCUACGUGCCAGACCCCAACCUGUCUUACUCAAGGGCGGUGAGUCUCUGACCCUGCAGAAGCAUCAGCUGGAGCAGCUCUACUCCGCCCACGCAGCCUCCAUGAGUAUCCUGCUAGAGGAGCAGGACAGCAGCCUCUCCCAUGAAGAGCACUUCCCCCAGGGCCCCGCCAACUUCACCCUGCUCUGGAGAUUCGCCACAGGGGCCAGGGAGAAAGUGUUGCGGUGGCUGUUCCCCAAAGCAGAGCUCUGUCACCUGCUGGACAGUGCAGGAACGAUGCUGCAGCGCUGCCAAGUCACUCACAGCACCAGCUCCCAAACCAGGGGAGUGGAGGUGCUGGGCUGGCUGGUCGUAGGAGAGGGCCAGCCCACGCUGCGGGUGCUGCCUGUCCACCACUGCCAGAAACAGUGCAGCUCUUUCAACCUCUGGCUUGGCCCUGGAGAUAUGGUGUAUGCUGAUCCACGCUACUGGCAGAUGGAGCUGUUCCCUGGAAGAGGACAAAACAUUGUGUGCGAUGGCUCUGCCUUCUAAGAGACGAACCAAGGAGUCGGCCGAAGCCCAUCGGAAUGGGAGUGAAUGUGGUGCUGGAACAGCCCUGCCACAGAUGUCGGGCUCUGUGCUCCUGCUGCUCAGAGACCUCCCCACAGGCACCCAGCUAUCAGGAAUAGCACCACCGUUUGGUCUUCACGUGCCUCUCCUCUCUGUGUGAACCUGUGCGUUCAUUUGUAGGGACUGAACUAAACUAUUUGCCAGCUUUGCCUCAGCUUUGCCUCAGCCUCUUGAGGACGCACCCCCCCACACACACACACCUGAGUAUCUAGCCCGUGAACCACCACUACACACGGCUCUCAGGGGUCAAGGAACCAGCUAUGAUGAAAUCAGGAAGCUGUUUUAGAGUCCUUUGUGUUCUUUUUGUUUUAUCUUCUUCGGUUAUUUGGGUCGGGACCGCCCAACUGGCCUGCAGUCGAACUCCUAUGAGGAUGCAAUGAAGUGUAUUUAUAACAGCCAGACUGGAGCUGUUGUUGUAUGCUUCAUAGUUGUUAGUGACUGUCUUGGAAAAAAAAGGCCUCCAUGCUCUAGUGUACAAAAUUACUUAAUUUAAAUAACAGAUGGCAUUAAUGACAUUGUAUCCAGAAAAUGUUUGUUUUUCAGCAGCCGUUCACGUUUUUAUUUAUCUCUGUCUCAUAACUUGUGCCAGAUUUUGACACCUGGUGGAUUGUCGAUCCACAAUGCCAUAGAUGAUAUUCUCUUUAUUUGCCUGGUCUGUUAGCCAUCUCUGCCUUUGGUGGCUUUGCCUGUGAAAGCACUUUACUGUAUAUUGGUCGUGUCAGCUGACAGUCACUUUUUUCUCUCUCUCUCUCCUUAUGGAACUCAUAUUUGUUCUUCAUAAACAUACUGUUGCUCUGCCACUGUACAUUGUCUGCCUUUGCACCGUGUUUCCAGCAGUCACCCACAGGCUGCAUCUUUACACAAACUGGAAUUUUUAUGUGUUGCUGUCUUAUCACUGCAAUUUUGAAUAAUAGUUUGCUUUGUCCUUAGCUGAAAAUUCAGCUUGGUCUUUUACAGGUGGUGUGACAUUGAACAGAUGAAAUGCCAUGGACACUAAAACAUGUUUUAUUUUUAAAUAAUGGUCAAUGUUGAUUUGAUUACAUGUAAUCAUGAAAGCAAGCCAAUGAACAUAUGUUUUGGUUUAUCUUGUCAAAGUGUCACAGCAUAAAGUUUUGUUAGGUAUAAUGUAA